AUGCCUGUGUAUGCAACUGCUUUGGCUGGAAUUGGAUUAAUUAGCGGUGGCAUUUUUAGAAAUUGGUUUAAAUUUUCAAUUGAUUGGCAUGGUAGUAUUAUGUUCGUUGAAAGUGGUGGUGGUGGUUCGGCAUAUAAUGAGCCAUCUUACGCUUACAGAAAUUAUAGACCUGAACAACCUUAUGGUUCAAGUGGCCCUCAUAUGCCAGGACUGUUUGCUACUCAAAUUGCCAAAUUUAAUAUAAAAAUGAUUGCUUAA